CGCUGUUGUUUGCCCCACCCCUAACCCUUGAGUAGGAAGCUCACACAGCCACGUACCACCAGUCGAAAUUUCAAAACAACGUUCAGGACUCACAAAUCUACAAAUAUAAUCUGGAUCAUAAAACCAAUUCAACUGACUUUAAGCUUCUGUUUAACGGCUAACUUAGUCCAGGAUGCCUCUUGGGGGUGGAAACAAAUGUGGCUGCUGUCAAAAGACAGUUUACUUUGCAGAGGAAGUGCAGUGUGAUGGGAAAAGUUACCACAAGUCCUGCUUCCUUUGCAUGGUGUGCCGUAAAAACCUGGACAGCACAACUGUGGCCAUCCAUGAGAAUGAGGUCUAUUGCAAGGCCUGCUAUGCCAAGAAGUAUGGGCCAAAAGGCUAUGGCUAUGGUGGAGGAGCUGGAACGCUGAGUAUGGACCGAGGCGAGUCAUUAGGAAUUAAACAUGAAGUUGCCAAGCCUCAUCAAUCCACUAACAACUCAAACACCUCCACUUUUGCUCAGAGGUUUGGGGGCUCUGAGGUAUGCCGACGGUGUAACAAAGCUGUGUAUGCAGCUGAGAAAGUCAUAGGAGCAGGAAGUUCGUGGCAUAAGACCUGUUUUCGUUGUGCUAAAUGUGGGAAAGGUCUGGAAUCCACCACUCUGGCUGACAAAGAUGGAGAGAUCUACUGUAAAGGUUGCUAUGCAAAAACCUUUGGUCCAAAGGGGUUUGGGUUUGGCCAAGGAGCUGGAGCCCUUGCUCAUGCUCAGUAGAACGGCAUGAUCCAAGAGAGCUACAUGAUCCAGUGCUUCAUUCCGUAUGCCUUAUUUCAACUUGUCUGAGGAGACUCAGACCAGCAGGCUGAUUCUUUCUGUGUGUACGAUUAUGUGUGACUCAUAAUUAUCAGGUUUCUUAGAGUACAAAUGCUUAUGUAAGAUUACUUAUGAACAUGACCAAAGGACAAGAACCAUAUAACUUUAAUCUCAGUCGCAACAUAUAUCUAUAGAGACCAGGCCUGGGCGAUAUCUAAAAAUAAUCAUUAUGAUAUUUUCUAGUUAAAAAAAAAAUCAUGAUUAUCAAUAAUAUGCAAAAAAUAAAAUGAAGUAAAAUGCUGGGGCAGCUUUGUCCUACUGUCUGUUUCAUUUUAGUCUAUAUGCUUUUUAAAUAUUGACUGUUUUGAUAAAAAUCUUUAAUAAAACUCACAUAUUACAUAAAAUGAUACUGUGAAAGCCUACAUCAUUUAAGAACUUCAUCUGUCAGUACAAUAAAUGUUACUGCAAACACGUAUUCAAGAGCUUCUUCUGCUGCAGAUUUGCAGUGGCUUGCGUGCUAAUGGCGCUCUCUGCUGAAGAAACAUCAGGCUGCAAGUGAUUUCCAAAGCUAUGUAAAGGCACUUUUCACAUUUAAGAACAAGUUUUUUUUUUUCCCCAAUUACUUCAUAAUUCUCUCUCUCUCUCACUCUCUCAAACUGACAACUGGUGCACAAGCUUGCACACUUCUUUAAAGCACACUUUUUUCCCCCCAUUUUCAAGCUGUUUAAAAAAAGUUAAUUAGUCUUUUCUAAUUCUCUUGUAGUUCUUCUAACACAAUUACGAUAAUCAACAUUUACACAUUAGCAUCAGGUUACUUGUCCAUUAUCUGCAAUAUCCAAUUGUAUAACCCCAUCGCCCAGGCUUACUACAGACUCAUAAUUUCGGCAUUCAAUGCCUUUUGGUUGUAGUAGAGAUUUCUUUGCCAUCUUGUUUACUGUGUAAUAAUGUCACCAUACUAGUAUUCAUACUGUAGACUACCAAACAAUUGAACACUGCACUUCUAUGUGAUGCUUUAAGUUGUACUGACCAAGCUCUUGGCCUCAUAUAGUACUCUGGAUUAAACGUGGGUUUUAUCAAACUGGGUUCCUUCCAGGCCACAGCUCUGCAGUGAGUACCAUUUUCUUUCUUUAAACACUCAAAGUCUGCAGUGCUGUUGUGGUCUUCUGUACUGUGCUGCUAUAUGCACAUGCUACAUAUCGGGGUUGCACAACGCUGGUCCUACAGGUCUGGUGUUCGUAACAGUUUUGUAGUUUGCCUUCUAAAACAUGCCCACUAAACAUGGAAAAAGUGUUGAGUCAGGAGUGUGCACUCCUGAGCCAAAUAUUUCCAAUAAUUUUAAAAUGCAUUGUAAAAGUUAAUUUCAAUCUGUAAUUGUUGUUUUGCCACCAAACCAUUAGUAAAAAUUUAACUCUUCA